AUUGUGAGUGAGCUGAAAUGUCAUAAUAACAUAAUAACAACAACAAACAUCUUCAACAAACAAACUGGUGUCUUAUACAAUAGCUUGCAUUAAAGUAGCCUGGGCAUACCUAGUCUACUUUACAAUACGAACAUAAACAACCGAAACAACGUGUUAUUUGAAGGUUUAAAUAUUUGAGGCAAAGCCUAUGACUGUGAAAGGCAAUGCUUGAAAUAACUAUCGACUUACCUGCAUUGCUGUCGAACGAUCCUCCUUCCGAAUGACGUCAAAACAGUUGAAAGUUGCUCCGACUGCUAUUCUAGAGAAAAAAGAGAGGACCCUUCGCCGGGAAAAGAGAGAGUGCCAGCGCAACUAAGUCCCACCCAAACAGGCUACACCUAUUACCUCCCCCUGGACGUAAAACGGGGUUAGAUACAUCACACAAACUUAGUAUUGUUCGCCCAAGACUAUGGACAAGUUUCUCCUGCAAUUUCAUUGAAUAUAACACAUUUUGGAAACAAUGCGACCUGGAACUGGAAUAGUUAUUGCUGCCUUGUUCAGCCUGGGCUGCAGCAUGACACUGACAGCGGACAAGAAAGUGUGUCAGGGGAUCAGCAACAGGUUGACGCUGCUGGGGACUGUAGACGACCACUACAACAACCUGGUGAGGAUGUACAGCAACUGUACCGUGGUCCUGGAGAACCUAGAGCUCACCUACAUCCAGGACUACCACGACCUGUCCUUCCUCAAGUCCAUUCAGGAGGUUGGGGGCUAUGUUCUGAUCGCCGUCAACAAGGCAGCCAUCAUCCCACUGGAGAACCUGCGUCUGAUCCGAGGACACUCCCUCUACGACAACAAGUAUGCCCUGGCUGUCAUGUCCAACUACGAGAAGAACCACUCCUCUGUGACCCUUAACUACACACGGGGCCUGAGGGAGCUGAUGCUGAGAGGACUGACAGACAUUCUCAAGGGAGGGGUGAAAAUUGCCCACAAUCCUUUGCUGUGUAAUGUGGAGACCAUCCAAUGGUGGGACAUGGUAAACAAGGCCGGCAACCCCAGUAUGGAGUUCAAACUGGAGAGCUAUGGCCGUUACUGUGGCAAGUGUGACCCUGGAUGCUACAAUGGAUCAUGCUGGACACCAGGACCAGAGAACUGUCAAACAUUUACCAAGCUGAAGUGUGCAGAGCAGUGCUCUGGAAGGUGUAGGGGUCCUAAACCAAGUGACUGCUGUAACGAACACUGUGCUGCAGGCUGCACCGGCCCUAGGCCUACAGAGUGCCUGGCCUGCAGAGACUUCCAGGAUGAUGGCACAUGUAAGGAUGCCUGCCCUCCUACCAUGAUCUACAAUCCCAACACCCACCAGCUGGCUUCCAACCCUAACGCCAAGUACACGUUCGGGGCCACUUGUGUGAAGACCUGCCCACAUAACUAUGUGGUGACGGACCACGGGGCAUGUGUCCGAACAUGCAGUGGCAACACACACGAGGUGGAGGAGAAUGGUGUCAGGAGGUGCAAGAAGUGUGACGGAAUCUGUCCAAAAGUGUGCAAUGGACUUGGAAUGGGGCCGCUUACUGCCGUCUUGUCAAUCAACGCCUCUAACAUUGAUUCUUUCAAAAACUGCACCAAAAUCAAUGGCGAUGUUUCAAUAAUUGGAACCUCUUUGAAUGGUGAUAGGUACACAUCAACACCAAAAAUGGACCCUGCCAAACUGGAUUAUUUCAGAACUGUGAAGGAAAUUUCAGGGUUUCUGCUCAUACAAGCUUGGCCAAAGCACCUUGAUUCUCUCAGUGCAUUUGAAAACCUGGAGAUUAUCAGGGGAAGGACCAAACAGUUUGGUCAGGUGAGUUUUGCUGCCCUCAACGUGGCCCAUCUGAAGUAUCUAGGCCUCCGCUCCCUACGAGAGAUCAGCGAUGGCAACAUUGUGGUGAAGAACAACCCCCACCUCUGCUACACCAACGGAGGCCACUGGAAUGGCCUGUUCAGACUGGACAAACAGUUCGCAAGGGUGGACAACAACGCCAACAUCAGCACAUGUGCCCAGCUGAACAGUACCUGUGAUGACAUGUGCACUAAGGAGGGCUGCUGGGGGCCCGGUCCAACCAUGUGUUUAACCUGCCUGUACUACGCCCGUAGGGGCCGCUGUGUGGGGGCCUGUCACGUACUGGAGGGGGCGCCAAGAGAGUAUGUGUUGAACAACAUGUGCCUAGAGUGUGACCGAGAGUGUAUGGUGAAGAAUGGAACCGGAAGCUGCUUUGGAUCUGGCCCUGACAAGUGUGUGGAGUGCACCCACGUCAAAGAUGGCCCCCACUGUGUCUAUCGGUGCCCACGUGGCGUUCUCGGGGACGUGGACAGGCCCAUCUGGAAAUACGCUGACAAGAACAGAGAAUGUCAGCUCUGCCAUGAGAACUGCACCGACGGAUGCUCUGGACCUGGACUGAAUGGCUGCAAUGCCAGAGGUGGUCCCGUGCCGUCGGCGGUGGCUGCCAGUGUGGUGGGAGGCCUCCUGGUGUUUGUGGUCCUGGCCUUGGGUGUGUUCGUGCUAGUCCGCAGACGUCACAUCGUCAGGAAGAGGACGCUGCGCCGCCUGCUGCAGGAAAGAGAGUUGGUUGAACCCCUGACCCCAAGUGGAGAGGCACCCAACCAGGCCCUGCUCCGCAUUCUGAAGGAGACCGAGUUUAAGAAGAUCAAAGUGUUGGGAUCAGGGGCCUUUGGAACUGUCUUUAAGGGCGUGUGGAUUCCUGAGGGAGAAAACGUGAAGAUCCCUGUUGCCAUUAAGGUUUUGAGAGAGGCCACAUCUCCCAAAGCCAACAAGGAGAUUCUAGACGAGGCCUAUGUGAUGGCCAGUGUGGAGCACCCCCACGUAUGUCGUCUGCUGGGCAUCUGCCUGACGUCCACGGUGCAGCUCAUCACCCAGAUCAUGCCCUAUGGCUGCCUGCUGGACUAUGUCAAGGAGAACAAGGACCUCAUCGGCUCCCAGUGCCUACUCAACUGGUGUGUACAGAUCGCAAAGGGUAUGAACUACCUGGAGGAGCGUCACCUGGUGCACCGUGACCUGGCGGCCAGGAACGUUCUGGUGAAGACGCCUCACCAUGUGAAGAUCACAGACUUUGGACUGGCCAAGCUGCUCACCGCCGACGAGAAGGAGUACCACGCUGAUGGGGGAAAGGUGCCCAUAAAGUGGAUGGCACUGGAGUCCAUCCUUCACUGGACCUAUACCCAUCAGAGCGAUGUGUGGAGCUACGGUGUGACAUUGUGGGAGCUGAUGACAUUUGGGUCGAAGCCCUACGAUGGCAUCCCGGCCAGGGAGAUCGCUGGAGUCCUGGAGAAAGGAGAGCGCCUACCUCAGCCCCCCAUCUGUACCAUAGACGUCUACAUGAUCAUGGUCAAAUGCUGGAUGAUCGAUGCAGACAGCAGACCACGGUUCAGGGAGCUCAUCUCGGAGUUCUCCAAAAUGGCCCGGGAUCCAUCUCGCUAUCUGGUCAUUCAGGGAGAUGAUUGCAUGUACCUGCCCAGUCCCACGGACUCUAAGUUCUACCGUAGCCUGAUCAGUACAUCAGAGGACAUGGAGGAUGUGGUAGAUGCCGAGGAGUAUCUUCUCCCCGACAAGACCACCCAGCACCACAACUCAGGGAAUGGCCAUCUGAUGAGAGAGAACAGUGUGAUCCUUCGCUACAUCACAGACCCCACCCUCAGUGGUUCUCUAGAGAAAGACAUCACAGACCCCACCCACGGUGGUUCUCUAAAGAAGGACAUCACAGUCCCCACCCACGGUGGUUCUCUAGAGCAAGAUCUCUCUGCUCUUCCAGAGUACAUGAACCAGAACACCAAGCUCUCUGAUGUCUUCAACCCCAACUAUGAGGACCCCAGCGAGCCAGCCUGGGCUACUCGGACCUCCUCUGGGUACGACCCAGACAACAAGUUCUUCAACUCCCUGCCGCGCGUGCCGGAGGGACCCGAGUAUCUCAACAUGGCCCGCAGUACCCUCCCUCGCUCUGUAUGUGAGAGCAUGGACAACCCAGACUACCAGGAGGACUUCCUGCCUCAAGCCACCCCCACCAGUAGUCACUUCCUGCCUGCAGCAGAGAACCUGGAGUACCUUGGAUUGAGCGCUGCUGUACACACCCCUGUACGCUAGAGGACUCCCCCACAGAACACAGGGGACAGUGAGGAACAAUGGGACCUGAGGAAACUUGGAUGGAGACAGAUGUGGGACAUCAGUGAGGUUUUGGAGGAAUUUCUCAUGUGGUUGUCCCUUUAUUUCUGGAGGGAAUAGGCUUCAUGGAGAUGUCAGCCAUGAACUGAUGCUCCUGGAAAAUAUGUUCUCUAUUUCAAAUCCACGGAUCAACCAUCCAUUUAGAUGACUUUGAGUGACUUUCCGAUCAGAAGAAUGAGCCAAAGCCUUGACAUAACAAUUAUGUCAUGCAAAUAAAUUUGACAGUCCGGGUCGAGUGUGUGGAACAGUUUUUUAUUUUAUUUGUCUUGCCAUGAAAUGUGAAGAGGACGGGGUAGACACAGACCGCUAAGGCUGGACACUGAUGGACCGUGUGCUUACAUUGUAUUGUGGACAUCAUUCUUUACAGCUCUGUUCUCUGGUUGUACACACUUGAAUGCCAAGACUCAAUUUGGUGUAACAAGCUACCGGUAACUAACAGGGUCAAUCCAAAGGCUUUUAGAAAAUUACACAGAUGUAUAGAUUGUGUAGAUCAAUGCGUCUCGCACAAGACCCAGAAGACAGUAAAUAACUAUUUAUUCUAGGUUAUUUGGGUUUCACACUGUCUUGGAAAGAUAAGACUUACCUCUUACUAGUAUUAAUCAUUUAAAUUAGGCCGUAGUAACCAUAAAGACAUACAUUUAUGGCUCAAUUCAAUCUGGAUCGCUGAAGCGUUACUGAUUGCGGAAUAGAAAUGUAAAGGUCAUUUCAAAUCAAGCUGACAUCUGCAGUGUUUACUGUGAAUGCAGGGGACAUUGCCUUUAAAAUGUCAAAUCACCCAAUAAACGCUGAACUCCAGCGAUGCAGAUUGAAUAGAGCCCAACAUAUGUGAUAGUAACUUUGUUUUCUGAUGAGAAUCGUCAUUGCCGUGGUGACAAUAUAAAGUAAUACAAUACUGAACAGGUACUUCACUGGAAGAGUACAAAUAUAUACUAUAAAGUACCAUAACUACACAAAUGUACAGCCAAUGUUAACAUAUUGAAUCUCUUUCGGGUUAAGGUGUUGAUGCUGUAUCUAGAGGUUAUAUUCUGCUACCAUCAGUGUUCUCUCUUCACUUUCCUUAGAUACUGAGGCUGAUGGGGAAAGAAGCUCACCAAACAGUGUAUGGUAUUGAAUGGUUGUUGCAGACGUUUAAGCUGAAUUUAAAUUGUUGUCUAUACCCGUUUAUUACUAUUGAAAUGUUGGUGUCAGUCACAAGCCUGGGCUGACAAUUCAAUUUUGAUUGUCAUUCUUGGACUUGCAAUAAUUGGGUCAGAUAUUCAAAAGAGCAAUGUAAUUAAAUGUUUACACAUAGUGACCUAGUAAAAUGCCCUUUCCAGAUUUUAAGCACAAAUCAUUGUCAACGUAUUCUCCACUUAAAAUAGCGUUGAAUAGGUGUUAAAUAAUGUAUAUGUACUUUUGAAUGUGCACUAGUUUACUUCCAUCAUUGUCAAUAAUGGAUAAAACCUACUACUGUGAACUAAAGUAUGUUAAGUGUUGGUUUUAGAUUCACAAUAGCUCACUGGCAAUGAAGAUACAUAAUUUUGGGAAAAAUAUUACUUAUGCGGAUUGUUUGAAAGGGAACAUUGAACCCUAAAAAUGUACAAAUGCUAGAAAUGUUUACAAUACAUAAAGCAUACAGCAUUGUUCAUUGUAAGGGUCUAGUUGAGGACGAGAACGUCAAGUGUGUCAUAUAGACUCUUCGCUCUUGUUAACAAUAGAUGUAGUCACAUUGUUUGUGAAAUUCCUUAAUGACUAACAAAACCAAAAUGUGAUACAUUGGUGGUUGUUUUAACAACCUAUGAUUCUGUCGAUCUCUGAAUUGCACAUCCACAUGCAAAUUCAAUUUCUGUUCAUAUGGUAUGAAGGUACAAUACCAAUUCAAAUGUAUUUCACUAGAAGUUAGUCUUAAGCAAUGUUAGGUUAGAUACUUGUACGUAAAUGAGCAUUUCCUGGAAAUCCCUUCACCGUGACUCUUUCCAUUGCCUUUUUUGAACCAAUAACAGAGGCGGCUCAUGCCCUGUUUUUGUGAUUGUGUAUGAUAGUGGUUAGAAGGCUAAUGCAUGCAAGUAGAAGAAAGUUGGCAAUUCAACUCAAUCAAGCAGUUGGUAAUUGUGAGACUACUACACUCUCUUUGAGCCAAAAGUGUUUGACACGUUACCAUGACAUUCUUCCUGUGUUUGUAUACUGUAUCUAGUAGUAUUGUGUUUAGGAGAUCACUUUCAAUUGUGCACUUCACACAUUAAAAAAAUGACACCGUUCCACUAUGUCCUAGAUGCUACGAUGCUGUAAAAUAAAGUUUAAUCUACACUGUA